CAUGAAUUUGAACUGCUCUGGGGGCGAAACAACACAGAUCCAAAUCAACCAAUUGCAUCAUUGGAUUUUGUACACACCUCCGUCAAUGUGAAAAUAAAGGAAAGCAUUGCUACAAGUCUUGUAAAAAGUUUUUUCCUUUUUGUCAUUGUAGUAUGGCACUAAGAACAAACAUAGAUAUAGAACACCCAAGGUAUGACCAGAACACAUUUAUAGGACGAGCCAAGCAUUUCUUCCUCACCACUAACCCCCUGAAUAUACUGGCAACAGAAGCACAGCUUGAUCAUGCCAAAGACAUUGUAGAGAGAUACAGGAGAAAAGAAGAAAUCCCUGGUUUAACUGAAGAUGAAUUGUGGAAGGCCAAACAGCUUUAUGAUUCAGCUUUCCACCCAGACACUCAUGAGAAGAUGAUGCUGAUUGGUAGAAUGUCUGCUCAAGUACCAAUGAACAUGACUAUUACAGGAUGCAUGAUGACUUUUUACAAAACGACCCCAGCUGUAGUGUUUUGGCAGUGGUUUAAUCAGACAUUUAAUGCAGUUGUGAACUACACCAACAGGAGUGGGGACCAUCCAAUACCUGUCAAACAUCUUGGUAUGUCCUAUGUUUUGGCUACCACGGGAGCAGUUGGAACGGCCCUUACCAUUAACAACAUGGUCAAGAAAUUCCCACCUCUGAUUGGUCGAUUUGUGCCAUUCACAGCUGUGGCUGCAGCCAAUUGUAUCAACAUUCCUUGUAUGAGAAGCAGGGAACUUAUGAAUGGUAUUCCAAUAUUUGACCAAAAUGGCAACCGGCUUGGAGAAUCCACAAUGGCUGCCAGAAGUGCUAUAUCUCAAGUUGUGGUGUCCAGAAUUUUGAUGGCAACUCCAGGAAUGAUGAUCCCACCCUUUAUAAUGAAUCAUUUGGACAAGAAAAGUUUUAUGAAGAAAAUGCCAUGGCUUAAUGCACCUAUCCAAGUUCUCCUUGUGGGAUUUUUUCUAGUUUUUGCCACACCUCUUUGCUGUGCAUUGUUUCCACAAAAAAGUUCGCUAGCUGUCAGUCAUUUAGAGCACAACAUCAGAGAGAAGAUACAAGCCAUGCCAAAUCCCCCCGAAAGAGUCUACUUCAACAAGGGUUUAUAAACAUAGAGACUAUAGUGGGUCAAAUGUUUUAUAUGUUUUAUAAAGUGAUGCAGCCAAAGCUGUGCUGCGUUUGGAAUGCAGUGCAUUUAAUUAAUUAAAGGUAAACAGUGUUGCGUGUAUGGUGUAAAUGCUGAUAUUGUUGGAUAUUUUUAAAAAUUAAAACACUCUUAUUACAAUAAAUAGUGCUGUAGCAUGAAAUAGCUAUAAAAUUCACUGAAUUCAUAUUUCCUGUAAAAGCAAAUAUUUUGAGAUGGCAUGUGCAUAUAAUAUUUGUUUUUAUUUUGCACUAUAUCAUUAUUCA